AUUCAUUUAAUUUCUAUAUAAGUUUCUAUAUAAGUUUAGUACAACAGUUUGUACUUUACUUUGCUUGUCUGUCAAUAGAUUGCCUUGUUUAUUGACGCGGGAACUCCAACAUGGCCACAUUCAGUGACAAGCUCGAAAAUUGUGAGGUAUGUGGGGGAAAUAAAGCAAAAUACACGUGUCCAAAAUGUGAGGUUAGAACUUGUUGUCUUCAGUGUGUAAAUAUCCAUAAAAAAGAACUGGAAUGUGACGGUAUUCGAGACAAAACAAAAUUUAUACCGUUAAGAUCAUUCACAGAUUUGGAUGUUUUAAGUGAUUAUAGGCUUCUCGAAGAAGUUGGUAGAACAGUUGAACAAUUGAAAAGAGAUCCAUUAAAAAAAUGUACACGACAACUUAAUCUACCAAUGCAUCUGAAUAAACUAAAAAGAGCUACAUUUAAGAGGAAUGUUAAUUUGCAAUUCAUGCCACAACAUUUUAGUAGACACAAAAAUAAUACGACAUAUUUAAAUUGGAAAACUAGUGAAUUAUAUUGGAGAAUAGAAUGGAUUUUUCCUCAAGCAGACUGCACAAAAUGGGUCACAGAAAGGGCUCUAGAAUCCACAAGAUUAUCGCUGCUUAUAGAAGAGAUCUUAGAUCCCACUAAAUCUGUAGAAAAUAAAAAUGAUAUAGAGGAAUUAAAUUUAAGAAUACGUUUAAAUGAGAGACUACAAUUUUAUCAGGCUGCAGGUUUAUCUGGAAUAAAAGUUCUUUUAAAGGCAGAAAAAGUUGUGAAAUCAGACUUAAAGUUUUAUGAAUUGGAUGUUAGGCUUUCUUUAAAGGAAAAUUUAGAAAAUAAAACCAUAAUUGAAUUUCCAACAAUAUAUAUAAUUCUAAAUGAUCAUUCAUAUAUGUAUGAAAUUAUAGAUACUGAUGACGAAGAUGCAAAUACUUCAAAAUAUAAAGCUAAUAAUCACAAUGCAUCAAGGAAGAGGAAAAGAGCAUACAAUCAGACAAAUAUGAAGGAAAAAACAAAUUCGACUGUAAAUUAUUUUUUUAAUUCUGAAUUCUCAGGAUCUGAUGAGGAAAGAUCAAAUGAUGAUCGAGGAAGCAAGUGUUUAUCAAAUUCCAAUAUACCCGAUUAUGAUGAAUUAAUUAGAAUGUAACAAUAAUAGAACACAAGAUAUUUUGUACAUGUAAAAAAUUUUUCAAGUAAGUUACGGUGAUUUUCCUCGCGUGAAUUUAGGUGGAUAUACAAAUUCAAUUUCUUUUAUUGUAAGUACGAUAUUGCAAUAGACUGAUUCAACUGAAUCACAUAUAAAUAGAA